CGUAUACAGUUCUUUGGCCAGAGGCUAUACAGUUGGAUGGUCUGGGUGACCGAGGCUAGCUUUUGCAUUAAAAAUAGAAAAUAAAUAGAGCAAGCAUAGAAAAUAACGGAAUACAUCGAACAGAUCAAAAUAGUUAUCUAGGAUUCUGCAAAGAUUUACAGUAAUAAAAGUAACCAUGGCUGAGAAAGAUGACCCAGCAGAUGAAGAACAAGACAUGUUAGACGAGGGUAAAUAUGGUAAAAGAAGAGACUAUGAUCCAUCAUUUAAUGGUCCCAUUCAAAACAGAUCAUGUACAGAUAUAAUAUGUUGUAUUAUAUUCAUUAUCUUCAUUAUUGGCAUGAUAGCAUGCUCAAUAUUUGCAUAUUCUCGUGGAGAUCCAUAUCGAUUGAUUCACCCAACUGAUUCUCAAGGUAGAAUAUGUGGAAGGGGUGAAUUACAGAAUAAACCGAACCUGUUUUUCUUUGAUUUAUUACAAUGUGCCAAAUUAGGAAUUGCUGUUGUUGCUGGCUGUCCCACUCCACAGGUGUGUGUAGAAAAUUGCCCUAGUAGUAAUUAUGUUUACCGAGAAGCAGAACUAGAUGACAAGAAGAGGAAAAUGGCUAUUUGUGAUUAUGGUAUUGAUCCAACAAAGGGUUCGUAUGAGGAUUAUAAGAACUUGGUGAAGACAGAGAAAUGUGCUGCUUAUCACAUAAAUUCUACCAACAUAUUUGGUCGUUGUAUACCGUCAGUAUUUGGUCAACUACUAAAUCAAACAACAGCAAUUGUAUCAGAUAGUGGUGAAUCGACAGAGAAUAAAGAUGGAGAAUCAGUUACAGGAGUUAACUUACGAGAUGGAGUCAAACAUCUAGCCAAUUUUUAUAAAGUUAAACAAUACGGAGAAAGAGUGUUUGAAGAUAUCACAGCAUCAUGGUACACAAUAUUGAUUGGAUUUUUUGUAGCGAUGGUGGUGUCAUUAUUAUGGACGUUUUUAUUACGGUGGAUAGUUGGUGUUGUGGUCUGGUUUACAAUGAUUGCAUUUCUUGGAAUCUUCGGCUUUGGAACAUACUACAGUUAUAGAAGAUAUUAUGACUUGAAGAAUCAGAAUUUUACAGAGGAAUUUAGUGUCAGAGAAGCUUUUAGUUUUGAUAUUGACUACUAUCUUUCUCUUCAAAAAACAUGGCUUGCAUUUGGUUGUACGUCGGCUACAGUUUUGAUCAUAUUUAUUUUAGUUUUGAUUUUCUUGGCUAAGAGAAUUUGUAUUGCUAUUGAAUUGAUUAAAGAAGGCAGCAAGGCUAUCGGACAAAUGAUGUUCACAUUGUUAUGGCCUAUAACUCCAUUUCUGCUCCAAAUACUUGUCUUUAUCUACUGGGGAUCAAGUGCCAUGUAUAUUGCAUCUAUGGGACCAGCAGAAUAUGUUGUUAAUGAAACUCAAACACAGGAAGGUGUUGAUUUUGUUUUACAAAAAUUGCCUUGCCAAGCUUCUCAAAACGAUACGAGUGGUAAACUAUGUCAUUUUGUGAAAUAUGGAGGAGAUGAGUAUUCAAUAUAUAUGCAGGCAUAUAUGUUAUUUAUGUUUUUCUGGUUAAUGAACUUUGUUGUGGCCCUGGGAGAAAUGGUUUUAGCUGGUGCCUUUGCUUCAUAUUAUUGGGCCUUUGACAAACCAAAAGAUAUUCCUUCAUACCCUCUGUUCAAUUCCUUGUACAGAGCCAUCAGAUUUCAUACAGGAUCGUUAGCAUUUGGAGCUCUGCUAGUGGCUAUUGUACAGAUGAUACGAGUUGUAUUAGAAUAUAUUGAUCAGAAACUUAAAAAUGCUGAAAAUAAGUGUGCUCAAUAUUGUAUGAAAUGUAUGAAGUGUUGUUUCUGGUGUUUAGAGAAAAUUCUUCGAUUUAUCAACAAGAAUGCUUACAUUAUGAUUGCAGUGUAUGGUCGUAAUUUCUGUACAGCAGCUAAAGAUGGCUUCUUCCUUAUAAUGAGAAACAUCGUCAGGACUGUGGUAUUAGAUAAUGUAACAGAUUUCAUUUUGUUUAUCAGUAAACUUAUGAUUACAUGUGCUAUCGGUAUUGCUGCUUAUUUCUUCUAUCAAGCUAAAAUACCUGUUUUAUCCAGUACUGUGCCUUCCUUAAACUAUUACCUCACUCCAGUUAUUAUAUUGGUUGUUGGAUCAUAUCUUAUUACCUGUUCAUUCUUUGAUGUGUAUAAUAUGGCUGUCGAUACACUAUUCCUUUGUUUCUUGGAAGAUAUUGAAAGAAAUGAUGGAUCAGCAGACAAACCUUACUUCAUGAGUAAAGGGUUACAGAAAAUACUUCGCAAAUCUAACAAAAUGAAUUAACAUUCAAUAAAAACAACAUAAAGUAGAAAACAGAGUUCUGUACCAAACUUAAUAAAGAUAACUGUUAAAUGGCCAGUAUUCUAUAGAAAAUUUUGUGACAAUUCUAAUUAUGCUUUGAUGUUAACAAAAUUAUAUUAAAAUAUAAACAAUUUUUCUAUAUUAAGAAAUUUAAGACCUGGCACAUAAUGUCCACAUCUUAAAUCCAUUUGCUAUUUUAUACAUAAGUUUUAGUAUUGUACAAUUAUGGUUGACAAUUUGUAUUCAAGCUGUAGGAAACAAUGCACAGAUAACCACACUUUUUAAAAGUUAACCUUAAUUUAUGUUAACCUAUAAAAUCUUUUAACAUACUCGCAUGAGAAACAACUUAUCAGAAAAGCACAAAAUUUAAGAUAAUUGCAUAUAUAAAUAAACAAUGUAAAGGCCUUUUAACAAAUAAGUUAAAUUUAUGCAUAACUGGGUGUUGAGGUUUUAUUUUUGACCUGGGUGUCUUAUACAGCCAGAAACUGUAACAUACUAUAAAGUUUGUAAACAGACUCAAACUCUUUAUGCUUUUAAAUUGCACUGUUAAGAUACUAAGUGAAAAUUAAGCUAUACAAUCAAUGAAAUAAAUAAAAGAAAAAGUGUUUCAAUUGAUAUUUAGUUUAACUGCGGGGUUUUUUUCUAAAUUUACUUAUUCCCAGCUCUCGACAUCUUCCAUUUAGGAAUUUAAAAAUAUUCUUGUCUUACAAUCAAAAUGACUACUAGUAUUAUUUUCUAGACAAUGGAUUUUUAUGGACAGAAGUAUUUUAAAGAAUCUCUUUAUUAUUGUGAUGAAAUAUAUUUUUUUUUUUAAUACUCCAAAUAAAUUUUUUAAAUUGAUUUAGAAUUUACAAGUGUUUCAUUACAGUGGUUGAUGACUCGGCUUCUGUUUACAAGAUUUAUCUUUUUCUUGAUCAAAGUCUCUUGUUAUAUUCCAAUCUUUGAUUAAAAGAAUAUUCCAAGUCGAAUGAGUUUAAAGAUGGGGGGGGGGGGGCUAUUGAAACCAGGUCCGUCUUUUUUCCCUAUACUCUAUAACACACAUCAAUAUAUUAUAGUUGUUGUGCCUGUUGCUGAUUAGACAUUUCUCCAUUGAAUUAUUUGACAUGGCUUUUGUGCAAGGACGUAAGAUGUUCAUGACCAAGUCAUUUUGUUACUAAGUGUGUAACAUCACCAAUAAAAUAUUUACAAAACUGUGCAAGUCAGAUUAAAACAAAAGCUAAGUCAUCUUAUUACUGUUAGCUGUAUUGAGUCAUUUGUAAAAAUUGUUAUAAUUUAUUUACAUAAUGUAUUGAUCAAUAUUAAUCAGUGAAUUGAUAGUCAGAUUUUUAUUCUUAUUACUCAAUAUUGAGAUUAGUCAGUUUUUAGUAUAUUCUUAUUAAGAAAUAUAGAUGUGGGCCUAAUUAUACUAAUUACUAUUAAGCCUCAUCAUACUGAUAAAGAUAAUUUUGGAUGCAAAAAUUAUAGUUUAAUUUCAUAUCUUAUUACUCAAUAUUGAGAUUAUCAGAAAUUAUAAUUAUAAGAAAUAAAUAUAUGUGCCUAAUUAUACUAAUUACCAUUAAGCCUCAUUUUGGAUGCAAAAAUCAUAGUUUAAUUUCUUACCUUAUUACGAUUAUUCAGUUUUUAGUAUAUACUUAUUAAGAAAUAUAUAUGAGCCUAAUUAUACUAACAUAAAGAUCAUUUUGAAUGCAAAAAUGAUAGUUUAAUUGCUUAUGGAAUACAUCUUUAACAUCACACAUUAUUUUAUAUAUUUUCAGUAAUUUUCUUCUGUCUUCUUUUGAAUAGUUAUGCAGAUCUAUAUAUUUGUAUCUUAAAUAGAUGAAAGCAAAGAAAAUGUAUUUUUAUUCAAUUGCUUCAGAUUAUUCUUAUACCAUGUUUUGAUAUAUUUGUUUUUCUUCCUUCUGUAUAUUAAAUAUAUAUACUCUUGCUAUGAUAUAUUUUUUUUAAUAUUGAUGCUCAGAACAUUUUGUCAUCGUUUAUGUGUCUUUCCUAUAUUUUUUCAAAUUUAUUCAUAUCGUAAUAUGAAAUUUGCAUGAGAUAAGUAAAGAAUUGUUUUUACAAAUACGGUAUACUUUAUUUAUUUUUUAACCUUCAAUAAGGUAUUGAAAUACAUAUAUAUGUGUAUAUAUUUAUAUAUAAUAUAUAACCUCAGUCUUGCCCUUAAAUAAAAAGUUUUAGAAAUAAUUGUCAGUUUUUGUUGAAAUUUAUUUUUUAAUAUUUAUGUAUUUGAGUUGUAAUGUGAACUUUAAAUCCUCUAAAACUAGUAAUUAAUGUGUCAUGAAAUUAAUUCUUAUUUAAUUGUUAAAAAUAAGAAAUGCAAAAGGAAAUAGAUUUAGAAAGACUUGUGGUGGGUGAGAUUAACACCUUAAUUUCUUAUGUUAUAGUAGUGGCCUAGUGGGAGUAAAUCAUUUUUACUAAAUCUUAAAAUGCUUAUGGGUUUGUUUGAUUGAAGCAAUUCCAACCAAAUCUAAAUCUGGGUUCCUUUUUAAUUUAAUUUCUACUCAAAUCAAAUCACUGACUCUUCAUGUAAUAUGAUUGUAGUGUAUUGAGUUAAACUCGGAAAUAAAAAAUACAAGAAUUCUUGAAUGUAAAUAUACUUAUCAAAAAAAUGAACCUUUUUUCAGACUGCAUGAAAUUAUUUAGAUGUUGAUGGGUGUGUGUUCUUUUGUCUGGCAACCUAUAUUAUCCUUUAAGAGCAUAAACGGUUUCAGAUUAUUUAUUGUAAAUUUAUAAAGUAUUGUGAACAAAAAAUUGGCUAUUGUUUUUGUAAAUAUAAUAAUUUGUAUUACAUUCCUAUUUCUAUUGUCUUGAAUAUUUGGAAUUUUAUUUUUUUAUUAAUGAAAGAAAUGAUCUUAUGCAACAAGGCAAAAUUUAAAGUACCCGACUAUUGUUGGUCCUUAGCAUAGCUUCCUAUUAAUUCCACUGCUGGUCUCAGUUGGAUAUUGUUAAAACUGUUAUAAAACUUGUUAACGUUUUAUACUAAAAAGUCCUAUAUACCUUUAUCAACUAUAUUUUGUUUUCUACAUGUAGUUAAGGAUUACUUUGUUAUUCAAAAUGUCAUAAGAUAUAGAUUUUUUAUUGACGGAGUGUUGCAGUUUGACAUUGUACCCAGUUUGACUGUGUACCGGUACCUUAUUUAAAGAUAAACUAAUAAUAAACAGUUGAGUUGUUGAAAGCUCUCUUACAGGGUGUUUCACAAUCUGAUUAAAACACAGAUCCUAUUUCAUUUUGUUUUUUAUUGUUCAAAAAUUUUGUAUUAUUUGUCUGUACUACACUAGGAUCUGGAAGAGUUGUUAUAUAGCCUGCAUUCUGGAUGAUGUGAGGGAUUCGGCAAUGUAAUGCUUUGCUACAGCGAGUUUUUGGGAUGAUGUGAACGGAAAUGUGGGUAACCCACAACAAACAACACUGAUUGGUUAAUCCAAUGUCUGACGUCAUAGAAUCAAAAGCCACUCGUAGGACAUCUUGCGCGACCUGCCUCUACUGCCGGUCAGAUCUCUAUGUAAUGGAGGAUAUCAAAAGUAUAGAAAAAACGAAUCGAAAUAUAGAUUUGUAUUUUCAUCAGAUUGGGUGUUUCAUUAAGACAACCAAGAAAACGUUAAGGCCUGUCAAUUCUCAUCUAUUAUAAAAUAUGUUACAUACAUGGAUGUAAAUGAUGCAAUGUCACGAGGUACCAACUAAAAUAGUGACACAGAUCAAACUCAGAGUUUUAAGUUUUGACUUCAAGUCAAAUGAUUUUUUGUAAUGUAUAUUUGAGUUAUAGGUGAAUUUUGGUUAGCUUUGGGGAUUUUUUUGCAAAAUAUUUUACUUCUUAUUACUAUAUUGAUAUACUAAUGUUGUGAAUGAACCUUAUUAUUGUAGUAAUGGCCAAUAUAUAAUCUGUUGAGUUUAUGUGUAAUAAAUAGAAUUCUACUGCCUUGAA